GUAAAAUGUCUUACCUAUUAUUCUUUACAUUUUUAAUUCUUAACAAUGUAAUCUUUCAUUUUAAAACAAAUAUGCUUUCGUGCUUUCCGCGUCUCGAAGAGUAAAACCAGAGGGGCUCAAGAUCACGGUUCUCAGGAUAAGAUGAAAAUUAUAAAAGUGAGCAAAUUUACCAGAAUAUUUGUAAUUUCAUUGGUCAACACCUAGUGAAUUUGCUCACUUUUGUCAAUUAAGUAUCCAUCGAAUAGGAUUUCUAAACGCAUCCCUUGAAAACCGUAAUAGCCCUUCAGAUAGUUUAAAUCUUCACACAUUCCUGUAAGCAGAAAAAGUCAUUCUGCAAUGCAAAACACAAAUUCGCAAAUGCCCCGUCGCGAAGGAUGGCAAUUACUAUUACUAGUUACUUUUAAUAGUUACGAAGUGUUAUUUUCAAUUGCAAUUAGGUGUUUCGAUCGCCAGUUGCUGUUGCCAAGAGGUCAAAAGUUGGGCAAUUCUCCCUUAGCAACCGCGACUAUCUAUUGCAAUCGAAGAUGCAUUUUAUAACUAGUAGAUUUUCCAUCUUUCGCGGUCAUGGACGUAAGUAGGGAUGAUUUUUAUCGAUGUUGUUUUUUCAAACAUCGAUGUUCGCUCAUUGAGGAUGAUAUUACAUCUAGAGGAAUUGUUAGGAACUCUAGGAAUUUUCUAUCCGACAGCCAAUCAGCACAAUCGACAAACUCAUACGACGCAUCUUCUAGUUGUACUAAUCCUCCCCUCCCCAAACUGUAGCACCGAGUAUACUAUAGAUUUUCAGUAUUGGCAGUGAAUAUCGGAACACAUCACGUAGGCUGUGCGUGUGUUGUGUGCAUCUGUAUGUACUCUGUGUGCUAUUGGAUUCUAACCUUACAAAACUUGAUAAAAUCUAUUCGUUUAAUGUCGUUAAAAGAUUGAUACCGAUUCUUGGGAAAUAUCUGCAAAACUAAAAUUAUCGUAGAAAGAGAGGAAAAGGAAAGCAAUGUGAUAAUAUGUUGUAAAAGUGAAUGAUUUUUAUAAGAACAGUACAGCUAUAAUAAGAUGUUAAAUGUCACAUCUCUACGUUAUAAACAUUGUAUAAGAUAUUUAACGGAAUCGUGCCGGUUAUGUUCUACGAAGACAACUACCUUCAAGAAUAAUCAUCAAUCUCAUGAUAUAAUUGGUCCACCUGAUCCAGUUUCAAACUUGAGACCUAUAGUGUUUGCACGUUCCGUAAAGGAAACUUACUUAGAGAAAAAAUAUAGACAACUUAAAGAAGAUACUCAAAAAUGGAAUCAAGAGUUCUGGUUCAAACAUAAUACUAAUUUUAUUGAGGAACGAAAACAAUUUCAAGAAUUAUUGAAGACACAAGGAAAGAUGACAUUAACCGCAGAUGAGAUGUCAGUCUUUUACAAACAAUUUUUAGACAAAAAUUGGCAGUCUCAUUUUAAUUAUAACAUAGCAUGGUAUAAAAGAAAUAUAAAAAUUAUAUUUCUUGGAAUAGCAGUAGGAAUAUCUAAGUAUAAAUAUAAAUAAGUUUUUAUCAAAAGAUGUUAUAUAUAUUAGGGAAUUAUAUAUAUAUGUAAAAUUAUUUUACAUACAGUUGGAAUGCUAGUCCCUUGUGGUUUGACAGUU